AUGCUGACAGCCCCGAGAGGGAGGCGGAGAAGAGGGAAGAAACAGCAGAUUGUAUUCGGGGAGGAGAUGCGGAUUAUGGUGGACAGUAGGGCGGCAGGUUGUCCGUGUGACUGAACGAUGUCAGGACAGGCAACAGCACCGAGAGUCGCCGGGUGUCCAGCCUCCGCUUUCUGACACCCGGAGACAUUUAAAGAGAGGCACCAAAAAGCACGGAGAAGGAAGAACAAGUUUGGGUUAAAAAAUAAGGAAAAGGGCUAAAAUAAGAGAAACACUUUGCACUGGAGACGUCUUAAGAUGGAGGCACCCUGGCUUCUCUGGAUGAUGCUUUGGACACUGUUCGGUAAUGCGAGCCCCGACGCCGGGCGCGACGUGCCGGAGCCGUUGGCCAUCCGCGUCCCUCUGCGACAGGGCCUCCCGUCUGAAGCGCAGCCCGUGGCCAAGCAGCGGGCCCCGGGGGCGAGCAGGCGGCGCAGGGGCGCCGAGGGCAUCAGCUUCGUGGACAUGAUCGACAACCUCCGGGGCAAAUCUGGACAAGGUUACUACGUGGAGAUGGCAGUGGGGAUUCCGCCGCAAAAGCUGAACAUCCUGGUGGACACUGGCAGCAGUAAUUUUGCUGUUGGAGCAGCAGCUCAUCCUUUCCUCCGCAGAUACUACCACCGCUCUCUAUCAAGUUCGUAUAGGGACCUUGGCCACAGUGUGUAUGUGCCAUACACGCAGGGCCGCUGGGAAGGGGAGCUGGGCACCGACGUGGUGUCUGUGCCCCACGGACCCAACGUUUCCCUGCGAGCUAACAUCGCUGCCAUUACACAGUCCGACCACUUCUUCAUCAACGGCUCCAACUGGGAGGGCAUCCUUGGGCUGGCCUACGCUGAGAUUGCACGACCCGACGAGACGCUGGAGCCCUUCUUCGACUCGCUGGUGCGGCAGACCACGGUUCCAAACCUCUUCUCCCUUCAGCUGUGUGGCACCGGGUACAGCCAGAAUUACAGCCUGGACAGCGCUACUGUGGGGGGCAGCAUGAUCAUUGGGGGGGUAGACCCCUCCCUGUAUGUGGGCGAUCUGUGGUACACUCCGAUACGCCGCGAGUGGUAUUAUGAGGUCGUCAUCGUGCGCAUCGAGGUGAAUGGGCAGGAUCUCAACAUGGACUGCAAGGAGUACAACUAUGACAAGAGCAUCGUGGACAGUGGCACCACCAACCUCCGCCUCCCCCGCAAGGUUUUCCAGGCCGCCGUCAAGGCCAUCGAGGCCGCCUCCUCGACCGAACAGUUCCCAUCAGGCUUCUGGCUGGGAGAGCAGCUGGUGUGCUGGCAGAUGGGCACCACGCCUUGGCACAUCUUCCCGGUCAUCUCCCUCUACCUGAUGAGCGAGAACCGCAACCAGUCCUUCCGCAUCUCCAUCCUGCCCCAGCAAUACCUCCGGCCCGUCGAGGACGUGGCAUCGGCACAGGAAGAUUGUUACAAGUUUGCAGUGUCCCAGUCAAGCACGGGGACCGUCAUGGGCGCCGUGAUCAUGGAGGGCUUCUACGUGGUGUUCGACCGGCAGAGGAAGCGCAUCGGGUUCGCCGUCAGCACCUGCCAUGUUCACGAUGAAUUCCGGACGGCUUCGGUGGAAGGCCCUUUCCACAGCAUGGACCUGGAGGACUGCGGCUACAACAUACCUCAGACAGACGAGUCUACCCUGAUGACCAUCGCCUACAUCAUGGCGGGCAUAUGUGCUCUCUUCAUGCUGCCUCUGUGCCUCAUGGUCUGCCAAUGGCGCUUCACCCGCUGCCUCCGUCUGGGUGGGGGCGAUUUCGCCGACGACAUCUCUCUCCUUAAAUGAGGAGAGGUAAGGGGGUGAGGGGGUGGGACAGGGGGUGAGUGGCGUCACGGGAAAUGAGGCAGGCCAGCACACUGGAAAUAGAUGUUGUUUUGUACUGUUCUGAUGUGCAUAUCGUCCAGUGGUGCGGGUCAACUUAAGGAGGCACCUAACGCAUCAGAACGUAAGAACAAGCCAAGAGAGUAGAAGACUAUAUCUCCCUAUAUCAUUACACGGGGAGGAGAAACUUCACUUUCCACUCCAGUUCAGAUAUCUAGGCAGCGGACUGCCUCACUGACCCGUGUUUUGGGGGAAGCGAUUUUGACUGGGAUUUUGGAAGAGCUACUAUGAGCGUUUGUGCCCGAUUUUGCACAUGGGUAAUGCUGCCUUGUAUCUACAACAGAGAGAUGGACUUUGGGGAAUAUCAAUAUGUUAUUUGAUUUUCACAUCAGCAGUGCCAGCACCCUGUAGAAGAAUGUCCCUCUGAAAUAGAACAGAAAUGCUAGUCGUACAACUUUUUCUUACAUAAACAUAUGCAAGAACAUAUGUUUAAAGAAUAUCAACUAUACUGGAUUCUUAAGCCGCGACCCAGUAGGAUAAGCGGUUUGGAAAAUGGAUGGAUGGAUUCUUAAGUUGAUGUGAUUUGGCACAUAUCUAGGUCUAUUCAAGGGUUAUUCAUUCAAACUUUUAAGAUGUACAGUCUUUAUAUGCAACUGCACACCCCAACUGUUCAGUCCCCUCUUCGGUUAUAGAUAUGAAUAGUGUUGUGAUUAUAGCAAAUAACAUGUAUAAAUGUACACAAAAAGAAUGAUACAUAGAGAAGUACAUCUAAAUGAAGUCUAAUGAAGCCUGCAAGUUCAUCUGGUCUGUUUGAUUUGCUGUAAAUAAUUUGCCCUGGAUCUCACUCAGGUGAACCUGACUGUACUGACAUUCAAUAAAGUACAUAAUAUAAUCGUC